CCAAGAGAUCCUCAGAGAAACUUCCCAAAGGACUUGGCAGGUCUGACCAUGCAUUGGCUGCGGAAACUCCAGCAGGUUUGCAUCCGAUGGCGGACCCAGAUGUCUGGUCGCACUGUCCACCUUCAUACCAAGCAACUGGCAUCCCUGCAGUGGGGUCACCAGGAGGUCCCUGCCAAAUUUAACUUUGCUAGUGAUGUGAUAGAUCAUUGGGCUGGCAUGGAGAAGGCUGGCAGGCGACCUCCAGGCCCAGCCCUGUGGUGGGUGAGUGGUGACGGGGAUGAAAUAGUGUGGAACUUCAGCCAACUGAGGGAACUCAGCCAUCAGGCAGCCAAUGUCCUUUCGGGGGCAUGCAGCCUGCAGCCUGGGGACCGUGUGGCGGUGGUGCUGCCCCGAGUACCUGAGUGGUGGCUGGUGACCCUGGGCUGCAUGCGAGCAGGCCUCGUCUUCAUGCCCGGGACUAUCCAAAUGAAAGCCAAGGACAUUCUCUAUAGGCUGCAGGUGUCUAAAGCCAGGGCCAUCGUGGCUGGGGAUGAAGUGGCCCAGGUAGUGGACACUGUGGCCUCUGACUGCCCUUUUCUGAAAAUGAAGCUACUGGUAUCUGAGAAAAGCCAGGAUGGGUGGCUGGACUUUAAGACACUACUACGAGAAGCAUCUACCACUCAUUGCUGUGUAGAGACUGGAAGCCAAGAAGCAGCUGCCAUCUACUUCACCAGUGGGACUAGUGGCCUUCCCAAGAUGGCAGAACACUCCCACUCAAGCCUGGGCAUCAAGGCCAAGAUGGAUGCUGGCAUAUGGACAGACCUGCAAGCCUCUGACAUAAUAUGGACCAUAUCAGACACAGCUUGGAUAGUGAACAUCUUGACUUCAUUUCUGGAACCUUGGAUAGCAGGAGCAUGCACAUUUAUCCAUCUCUUGCCAAAGUUUGACCCAGUAGUCAUUCUAAAGGUGCUGUCCAGCUACCCAAUCAACAGCAUGGUAGGAGCACCCAUCGUUUACCGGAUGUUGGUACAACAGGAUCUUUCUAGUUACAAGUUCCCACGUCUCCAGAACUGCUUCAGUGGAGGAGAGACCCUCCUUCCAGACACUUUGGAGAACUGGAGGGCCCAGACAGGACUGGACAUCCGAGAAUUCUAUGGCCAGACAGAAACGGGACUCACUUGCAGAGUUUCCAAGACCAUGAAGAUCAAACCUGGUUACCUGGGAACUGCUAUUCCCCAUUAUGAUGUGCAGGUCUUAGACGACGAGGGCAAGGUCUUGCCACCUGGCAUGGAGGGAGACUUGGGCAUCCGGGUAAAGCCCAUCAGGCCUAUAGGCAUCUUCUCUGGCUAUGUGGACAAUCUUGAGAAGACAGCAGCCAACAUUCGAGGAGAUUUUUGGAUCCUUGGAGAUCGGGCAAUCAAGGAUCAAGACGGCUAUUUCCAGUACCUAGGGCGGGCAGAUGACAUCAUUAACUCCAGCGGGUACCGGAUCGGGCCUUCAGAGGUGGAGAAUGCACUGAUGGAGCAUCCUGCUGUGGUUGAGACAGCUGUAAUCAGCAGUCCGGACCCUGUCCGAGGAGAGGUGGUGAAGGCAUUUGUGGUCCUGGCCCCCCAGUUUCUGUCCAAUGACCCAGAUCAGCUCACCAAGGAGCUGCAGCAGCAUGUGAAGUCAGUAACAGCCCCAUACAAGUACCCAAGGAAGGUGCAGUUUGUCUCAGAACUGCCCAAGACUGUCACAGGGAAAAUCCAGCGGAAGAAGCUUCGAGACAAGGAGUGGAAGACAUCUAGGCAAGGUGUGGCCCAGUGACACCUGCACGGGCGUCCCUUUGGGUGCUGUACUUCUACUUACUUCCAUUUCCCUUUGGGCCUUCUGCCUUCCCCUGGGGAUAUGAGGUUCCUUAUGACAAGACAACUGAUUUCUGUGUUUCCCUGGUUAUUAGCACAAAAUCUUGCCAUAUUAGAUGUUGAAAGAAGAAAGGGAGGGAAUGAAAGAGAGGAAAGGAGAGGGGAAGAGAGAAAAAAGAAAGAAAAAUUAGAGAAAGAAUGAAACAGCAAAAGAAA